GCAAGAACUGGCCCGACCACUGAAAAUAGCCCAGUUCACUUGAGCUGGAAUAAUUUUAUCUUACCUGGUGUACUAAUAAAGUUGCCACCACCAGGCUGUACGUGGCUUAUGGAUUGAGGUUUAUUCCAGCAAUCAAGUGUACGGAGACAGAAUGAAAGAGGAAAUAUAGAAGGGUUCCUGUGUUCCCAUAUGGAUCCUUUUUCAUUUCCUGCCCCCCUCCCCCACAAUCAAUUUCAGCUUCUCUAGGGCCUUUAGCUAAUACUGUGUCUGGGUCAUGAUUCUGCAAUAGUAUAGCAACAGGAUAGGAUUUGGUAUUGAGUGAUGUAUUCUGGACAAGUUUCUAGCCCUUAUGGCUGUGGGGCCAACACAGGAGGUGUGCAAGUAAUGCCUGCUAAUGUCUCAGAAGAAAGAGUUGUGGAUGAGUAAAAUGUGCAUUAAUUUAGGAGCAGGACUGCCAUUCUCCAUACAGCAGUCUGCUCUUGCCUCUCCCUGGUAAAAUCAGAAUAGACUAUGCAGAAAAGGAUGAGUUGUGCCUUUCCUCCCACUCUUUGCAUAAUUUAUACAGGUUCCAGAAUCCUUUUCCAGGCACAGUAUUUGAAUUGCUUUGUGUAGCAUUUUAAAUUGGUUUUUACAUAGACAGCACCCCUACCUUUCAACUCAGCUACUGAUGCAUGCAUAGGGGAAUGGGGGGAGGCACCUCCCACUCAGAAAGAUUUAGCCCAAGCCAUGUGAAGGCAGUAGGGGAGAAGUAGCUGCUAGGCCAGCAGAAAGUGUUUCUGCUAGAGCAGGAAUAUCUAAAAUAUCAGUAUAUUUUAGUUUAAAGCUCUUAACUGCUGGUAACUAAACUUCAGGAGAUGCAUUUCAGCUUUUUAGAAUUGGGGCACAGAGUAUUGUAUAAAAACUGGAAAACCACCAGACCACUGGUAUUUGGGGGAAAGGGACUGUUGCUGCAGGAUCAGAGAACUCCAGUGGGCUGGAUUGGGUCUCUGGUGGGUCUACACUCUGCCCUAGAACAGCCUUCCCCCAAUCUAAUGACCUCCUGAUGUUUUGGACUACAGCUCUCAUCAGUCUCAGCUAGCAUUGCCCAUGCUCAGGGAAUUGUAGGCCAAAGCAUUGGGUGGGCACCAGACAGGGAAAGGCUGUCCUAGAGCUCAUGAUUGAUUUGUUUGGGAGGAAUCUCUUCCUUUACAUUCAGAAACAGUACAGAAGUGCCCAGAUACCAUGAUGAAGAGAAUGUAUGACUGGCCUUACAGGGGCACCACCCCGUCCAGUCAUUCAGGAUUCCUGCCCCACCUUGCCAUACUUAGCCUUACCUUGCAUGUCGCUUCCCUCAACAGAUGGCUGCCUAUUUUGGGUAUGCUGUGGCUGCCACUGAUAUCAACAGUGAUGGCCUAGAUGACCUACUGAUUGGAGCCCCUUUGUUUAUGGAGAAGACAGAAGAUGGCCGUGUUCAGGAGGUGGGCAGGGUGUACAUCUUUCUGCAAAAGCUGUAUGGCAUGGAGCCUGAUGCAUCAGCGGAACUUACCGGUCAUCAAGAGUUUGGCCGCUUUGGCAGUGCAAUUGCCCCUCUAGGAGACCUCAACCAGGAUGGCUACAAUGAUGUGGCUAUUGGGGCGCCAUUUGGUGGUGAGGCCCAGCAAGGUGUGGUCUACGUGUACAAUGGUCAACAUGAUGGGCUACACCCCAAACCCUCUCAAGUGUUGCAGGGUCAGUGGUCAGCUAGCCAGACCCCUGACUUCUUUGGGUUUGCCUUGCGUGGGAACAAGGACUUGGAUGGGAAUGGCUACCCAGAUCUGAUUGUGGGGGCCUUUGGAGUGGACACAGCCAUGGUUUACAGGGGUCGCCCCAUUGUUCAUGCCAGUGCCACCCUCAGCAUCUUUCCCUCCAUGUUUAACCCUGAGGAGCGGGCGUGCACCCUGGAGGGCUCAGGGACCCCUGUUGCGUGCAUCAACCUGAGCUUCUGUCUGAAUGCAUCUGGAAAGCAUGUGCCUGACUCCAUUGGAUUCACCGUGGAGCUGCACCUUGACCACCUGAAGCACAAAGAAUCAAUGAAGCGAGCACUCUUUCUACAUUCCCAGCAGCCCCGACUGGUCCAGAAUCUCCAGGUCCGAAAUGGUGCCAACACUGAGUGCCGUGAGAUGAAGAUCUACCUCAAGGGUGAGUCAGAAUUCCGUGACAAGCUCUCCCCCAUCCACCUAUCACUCAAUUUCUCACUGGAUCCAGAGGCUUCGCCAGACACACACGGUCUGCAACCCAUCCUCAGCUACCUCACACAGAACCGCAUUGAACAGAAGGCUCAGAUCCAGCUUGACUGUGGAGAAGACAAUGUCUGUGUCCCUGAUCUCCAGCUUGAGGUCUCUGGGGACCAUUCUGUUGUCCACCUGGGAGACAAGAAUUCUCUGAAUCUUUCCUUCUGUGCACUGAAUCGUGGAGAAGGUGGUGCAUAUGAGGCUGAGCUCCAUGUUACCAUCCCACCUGAAGCAGAUUACAGUGGAGUUCUGCGGAACUAUGGGAACCUUUCCAGCCAGAGCUGCAACUAUGGCACAGUGAACGAUACCAACAUGGUUAUCUGUGACCUUGGCAAUCCAAUGAAGGCUGGCAUCAGUCUUGUGGGUGGUCUACGCUUUACUGUGCCUCACCUCAUGGAUGCUAAGAAAUCCAUCCAGUUUGACUUUCAGAUCCACAGCAAGAACGCAAAUAAUUCCCACAGUGAGCUGGUGUCCUACCCCCUGCGUGUUGAGGCUGCCGUUCGUUUCUCAACCCAUGGAGCAUCCAUGCCAGAUGCGGUAACCCUCCCAGGGUCUGGCUGGGUCCCAGGUCGAUCAGUGCAACGAGAACAAGAUGUGGGCCCUGGUGUAUGCCAUGUCUUUCAGUUUGUGAAUGACGGCCCGAGUUCCAUCAGUGAAGGGAUCUUGGAUGUCAGCUGUCCAUACCAAAUGCAAGGGCGAGACGUGAUGUAUGUUACACACUACAUAGUGCCAGCAAACUGUACCUCCAGCCAUUCCGUCAAUCCAUCACACCUACAGCUGGAGCAGCCUCCAACCCCUUUUCCUCAGCAGAAUCAAUACUACAUGCAAAAGCAAGAUGGAGGAUGGCACAGCGGCUCUGGUGGGAGCAGCUUCAGUCUGAAAUGUAACGAGGAUGAGUGUUUUCAACUUCGCUGCCACAUGGGAGCGCUACAACGUCAAGAAAGUGUCAGCUUGCGCCUCUACUUCCGCAUCUGGUCCAAGAAUUUCCAGCAGAAAGAAAACAACCCUCACACUCUCCAGUGUGAAGCUGUCUACAGUGUACAGAAAUUGCCCUACAAAAUCCAGCCAGAAGAGCACCACUCAGCUAGCCUCAAGGUGUCAACAUCACUGCACUGGGCGAAGGCAGAGACCAGCCAGGGGGUUCCUCUCUGGAUCAUCAUCCUAGCCAUUCUGAUUGGGCUGCUGCUCCUGGCAUUGCUCAUCUAUGUACUAUAUAAGGUAGGCCUGCUCAGUAGGGAGCCUUCCAGUGAAGGGGAAAGUUCAGGGCUGGGAAGAAGUGAAGUGCCACAGUCCAGAUGGCUCUGAUUCGCUCUGUUUGUGCCACCUAUUAUUUUCUAGCUCCCUCUGUCCCAGCACAGAUUUUUUUUAGUCUUUUCACGCAUUGCAUAGGUAAAUCCAGAUUUGCCGCUGUCUCCACGCUCAACAGAGAGUUGCAGUCAAACAGCAGCUCUCUGACUAAUGUAGCUCUUUGAUCCCAAUUCUUUUCAAACCUGUGUUUGUAGCAUUCCCAUGUUACAUUUUAACUAUACUCCCCAAAAGGCAUCUUCUUCAACCAUAGAAGCUGCAUCAUAGGAAUGUAAGACCAUCUAGUCCAGCAUUCUGUUCACACGGUAGCCGAUCAGUUGUCCAUGGGAGGUCAGGGAUACAUCAGCACCCACCCACCCAUGUUUCCCAGCAACUGGGGCACAUAGGCAUUCUGCCACAAUACAGCAGCUAGUCAAACAUCCUCCACACAAAAGCCUCUCCAUUCAGUAGUUCUAACUAGAGUGUCUCACUGUUGUUCAUUCCAUCAGUCCAGUGUUCCCAGAUCAUUGUCAGUCACCUCCCCCAAAUUUUGGGUGGAGUGGAAUCUCUCCAUGCUACACAGAUAAUCCGCACGGCCAAGUGUGCCGUUAUGGCCUUCACAUGCAGCAGCUGUCCCAGGGCAGCUGUCCAAAGCAGCAGUGCUGUGUGAACAUCCCCUCACUCUCUAUUUCUAUAUCC